AUGCGGAUACAUCUUAUUCUCCUAUUAACUAUUUUUAACUUUGCAAAUUGCCUCAAUAUUCUAGUAUUCUUAUUGGGAACUAAUCAAUUUGAGCGAAAUAGUUUGGAGUUUCUCGCACAACAAUUGGCUUUAAGACAUCAUAAUGUUAUCACAAUUAAACCUGUCUUGAUUCCCGAAGAACCUCGUUUAGUAAAGCCAAAACUUCAUUUAGUGAGAGAAAAAGUCAUUAAAAAUGUUUUACCAAAGUGAGAAAAAUAUUUGAAAACAAACAAUAAUCGUAAUUUUUCAGAGAACUUUAUCAACCCCUAGAAAGAGCUGUUCCGGAUAUUGCUUGGAGCAAUGAAUAUGACUAUGACUCAUAUUUAGAGCCAUACUACAAAGCACAUAAUGCGAGUUGCUUGAAAAUGCUCAACUCAAAUCUUGUUGAUUCUUUGAAAAAAGAGUCACUCGAUGUUGCUGUUGUAUACUCUGGAAAUCCAUGUUUGACUGCAUUGACUCAUUUGGUUGCAGUUCCAACAAUUUAUUUUGAUAGUGAAGGAUUCAGUGAUGAGACUUUGAUUGCAUCUGGAACUCCUGUAGAUGUUCAAGUUUCUCCAUCAAGUUGUGCUAUUGCCGAAUCAAAAGAUUGUCAAAUCUGCAAUAUUUAUCGUAACUCGAUUUGCUAUCUUCAAGAGAUGAUUGCUCAAUCUGCAAUUCCAUAUUUGAGUUCUUUAGUCUCCAAGAGAUUCCGAGGAAUAGACGAACCAAUUACCAGACUUUUCGCAGAAGAUUACACCAUCAAAAAGAGGUAAUUUUCCACAGUUUUGAAAACUCUCAAUGCCUAAAUUUUCAGAAUCAAGAACUUCCCAAAUGUCAAUACUCUCAAACAACAAAGUGUUGCCUUCUUCGUCAAUUCCGAUCCACUUCUCGAGCCAAGCCGAUCUGUACCUCCAAAUGUUAUCCAUGUUGGUGGAAUGCAUAUUGAUCAUCCAAAACCACUUUUUGCUGUAAGAUUUUUUCUCUGAAAACAAAAACUAAAAAUCGAUUUAUUUUAGCCAUGGAACACUACAAUUGCUGCUGCGGAAUCGGGAAUGAUUAUUGUUUCAUUGGGAACACAAGCUGAACAUUCAAAGAUGUCGAAAUUCCAAGCAAAGACUAUUUUGAACACAUUGUCAAAAUUGACAAAAUAUCGAAUUUAUUGGAGAAUCGGACCAAACAUGAAAUUGGAUGGCAUUGAUAUUGAAAAAAUUCCAAAACACAUCAACCUAACAACAUUUAUUCCUCAAAACGAUCUUCUUGCUCAUCAAGCUUGUCGACUUCUUAUCACAAAUGGUGGAAUGGCAUCAGUUAUGGAAUCUGUUGCAAAUGGUGUUCCAAUUGUUGGUAUUCCAUUAUAUGGAAGUAAUCGAUUCAAUUUACAAAAAGUUGUGAAUAAGGGACUUGGAUUGGUUGUUGAUAAAACUGAGCUCACAGAAAAGACAUUGACUGAAACUAUCAAAAAAGUUUUGGAAACACCAAAAUACAAAACCACAGCAAAAGCAAUGUCGAAGGAAUUCAAAUCUCGUCAAACUUCGCCAUUUGCUGGUGCACUUCAUACAAUUGAUCAUAUUGGAAGACAUCAUUCAUUUGCAUAUUUUCAACCAAAUUAUACUCCAAUUUGGAAACGACAAGACUUCUACAUUUGUCUUCUGAUUGUUCUUCUUCCAAUUUAUUUCAUUCAACGUUUCUUCUCUUCAUUGUUCUCAUUAUUUGCAGGACAGAAAAAGUUGGAAGUCACAAUCAAACCGAAAACCGAAACAAAGAAAAACCGAUAA